GUGGAUGUCCAGUGUUGGGGCUGGCAGACAGGAGGAGAGGACACUGGUUGUCUGGCUGCAGGGGUUCAGCUGCUGGUAUGGUGUUCUAGGCCUAAAACCUCCACAGCUAUGAUGAUGAGCCUGCUCCUGUGUUUAUGUUGUGUGCUACUGGACCUCGUGACAGUCCACAGCCGUGUGCUCACGCAGGGCCGUAUAGUAGGUGGUCACAUCGCUGCGCCAAACUCCGUCAAAUACAUCGUGUCGCUGCAGAGCACCAGGGGUCAACACUUCUGCGGUGGAUCACUGGUUCACAGGUACUGGGUGUUGACAGCAGCGCACUGUAACAUCGGGGCAGAGCACAUGAUGAUAGUGGCGGGCGACUACAUCGUAAAUACCUUUGAGGGCACUGAGCAGUACGCUAAACCCCACAGGCUGGUCACCCAUCCCCUCUACAACAGGAGCACCAACAAUGCUGACAUUAUGCUCAUUAAGUUGCGGGCCCCCAUGGUGCUGAACAAGUACGUGUCGCUGGCGCCGCUCCCCAGGCCGGGGACAGGAGUGGUCGACGGCUUGCUGUGUCGGGUGUCCGGUUGGGGCUACAACAAUCUGGUUGGAGGCCAGGCCCCCUUCACCCUGAGGACGGCCACAGUGCCCAUUGUUUCAACUGCGAGGUGCAACAGCAGCGAGUCCUUUAACGGAAACAUCACGGCAAACAUGAUCUGUGCCGGCUACAGAACCGGAGGGAAAGACGCAUGCAAGGGAGACUCUGGCGGGCCGCUGGUGUGUAGGGGACGUGUCUACGGCAUGGUCUCCUGGGGCAACGGCUGCGGUGAUCCUAAGUUUCCGGGAGUCUACACGGCGGUGUCCAGAUUCCGCCAAUGGAUAGACCAAACCAUCUACGGGUCGUACCUGCGCUGCACCAAAUACUGAUGAAGAUAAUGAUACAAUCACGAAAGUAACCAUUUAUGCCUGAAAAGGGUAAUUCCCCUGAAAAUGUGCUGACAUGGACCAAAGAUGGCUCUGUGGAAAAUAUGAAGAGCUUCCUAUGAACCAUGGCUCUGAUCAUUUUGAUAAUGUUUUCAAUACCAAUAUAAUGGUCUCAUAAUCUCAAAUUAUCCAGCUGGUCUCUGCCUGCUGCAGUAAUUGUAAGAUCUACAACAGUGGGCACUUUAUAAGCCUUCUGUAUAUGUAAUCCAGUGAUGUAACGUUCAUAAAUUGUAAAAGAAAUACUAUUUUAUGUCAGUAAAUAUUCAAAUUUAGAGAAUUUGUUGAGUGGUGAAUGGGACUGAAAUUCAGCCCAGGACUUUGAGAUCGAGAUUCCUUUUAAAGGGAGAUACUUUUAUGGCAGUAACUUCAACACUAAUGCAGUUUUGUUGUACAAGAAUGUAAGUUUGUUUGGUCAGAACUUGUGUUUGAUUAUGUGAGGGACAGAUUACACAUGACUAUACUCACAUAUUUACCUGAGUUACGAGUGUCUUGUGAUUGUCUACAGCUAACAACAUCUCUGAAACUGGAACAGUGAGCUGGAACACGAGGCAAUCCAACAUAACAAUCCAUAUGACAGAAAUUAAUAUACAUAUAAUGUGAUCAUAUGUGAGAAGGUCGAUCCAGGAAGAUGCCGAGCAGCUUCCCGGCGUCGCCAAGCCGAUAGAGCCGGCGCAACACAACCUCUUCUCCACGCCAAAUAGAUAGAUUCAUUAGCAUAUGAAUUCUUGAGUUAUGGCUAAAUUCUAAUCAGUUCAUCUUUGAGUCCAAGUAGAUGUUUGUGCAAAACAUUAAGAAAUUCCUUCAAGUCGUUCCUGAGAUAUCGCAUUCACGAGAAUGGGUUGGAUGGACGGACAACCCGAAAACAUAAUGCCUCCGUCCACGGCUUACUUGUUUUGGUAUAAGCAGUAGCUUAUGGUGGAGAUAGAUACUAACCUACAUUACCGAGUCAGUUCACUGACUGUGACUGUUCUCCACUCGUGCUACAUUAUCGUUUAGCAGCAUCACCCAAUAAUAGUCAUUUUUGGCUGUGGUGCAAAAAUUACAUAAUCUUGCUUUAAAAAAAAAAAAAUACAAACCUUAUAUAUGAUGUUGUUGUGAUGAUAAAAUGUUGCCAGGUCCUCUGUUUUGCUCAAAUGGCAUUUUUUUCGUUGUGCUGGGGGUUGUUGGGUUUAGAUCCCCGUAUCACUUCUCAUUUUCUAUCUCUUAUCUCCUUUUCUCGUUCUUCUUUCCUAUGUGAAUUGACACCAUAAUUCUUAGAGGUCUCACCUUAUUUUUUGGUAUUAGACUAUUUUCUGUGUUUGAACUGUAUUUUUUUUCACUAAUCUGUACAUGAAGAUCUGCAGCCACUUGUUCAAAAUAUAUAUAUAUAUAUAUAAACAGUGAAUAGUAUCUUGUGCAUGUAUGAUGUUCAAUAUGGGCAGGUUUGUUAAAGCUUACUAAUGAAUUAAAACAACCAAUACAGAAUGCAAUUGUGAUGACGAUAUAACCAUAUGUUGUGAAACUGAAAGAGUUGUUAUUGAGAUGUUCUGAUAUGAAAGAUGAGCCUCUGA